UCUCCCGCUCUCUGAAGCACCGCGCCGUUUCCCCCUCUCUCUCUCUCUCUCUCUCUCUCUCUCUCUCUCUCGCUCCGCUUCGUCUCUGCGAAAAUGGCGGAGAUAUCUCUCGCCUACAUCUCCCGAUAAUCGAACCUCUCGAAAACCCUAGGCAAUCAGAGACUAUUACAUCCAGUUUCACAGAGCCUCAUUCCUGUCUCAUCCCCCGACUCGGCUGCGAGAGAGAGAGAUCUAGAGAGAGAGAAGAAGAAGAGAAGAAGAAGAGAAGGAGAGAGAUGUUCGAAGAAGCCGUAAUUUCCUACGUAGUAAAGAAAAUCGGUGAAGCAAUUUCUCUACUUGGGGAGGUUAAAGGCGAUGUUGAAUCACUGAAACAAGAUCUACAGGCGCUCAAUAUGUGCCUCAUCAAGAUGGACUACAAGCAGAGACAAGAUGCUGGCACGAAGAAUUGGUUGAGCUCCGUUAGAGACGUAGCAUAUGAAGCAGAGGACUUGAUCGAUGCCUAUACCGAUACACUCGAGAAGAGGUACGCUCUUACCACUACGUUAUCUGAUGCUAAAGGUAUCAAACAGUUAAAAUCCAAGAUCUAUGAGAUCAUCCAACGUAGAACUAUAUUUGUACCUCAAUUGCACGAGCAAAGAGGUGAAGGAAGCAGCAGUAGUACAGCUGCAUAUCAAGGUCAUUUGCAUCCACGGAGACGGUCAUUUGCAGACCUUGGUGAUGAUGUGGUUGUUGGUUUCAAACAUGAUGCUGAUCUUAUAGCGGAGAGGUUGCUUCACCCGGAGAGGCGUCGACAGGUUGUAGCCAUCACCGGGAUGGGUGGCGCAGGCAAAACCACUCUUGCGGCUGUGGUUUAUAAAUCAUUUUCUAAAGUUCCCGCACACGGACACGCCCAUUUUGCCCAGCCUAAAGAAGUGGACUCCGGAGGUGAGCUUCAAAACUACUUUGAUGCUUGUGCUUGGGUGCCUGUUCAUCAAGAUCCCGACAUUGAAGAGCUUUUGUUGAUCAUGAUUGACCAACUAGGCUUAAGUGAAUCUAUGAAAGGUAUGGACGUAUUUCUUCAUCGGAGCCGGAGCUGGGGGACCAUCGAGCACUCCGUCAAGUACUUAAUGUGGGAGCUAGAUCGGUUUUUGAAGCAGAGGAGAUACCUAAUAGUGCUGGAUGAUAUCUGGAGGAAAGAAGUGUGGGAUGAAUUAAAACUAGCUCUUCCAGAUUCGGACAACGGGAGUAGAAUAAUAGUAACAACUCGAUUCAAGUAUCUCGCCAUUUAUCAUGACCCAGGAUCUGAACCCUACGAAAUGAGGCCUUUAAACAAGAAUGAUAGUUGGGAACUUUUCUCUACAAAAGUGUUUCCACAAGGCCAACCGAUACGCCCAAGCGCACUAGAGGAAUUGGGUCGUCAGCUCUGUGGGAAAUGUGCUGGUUUGCCCCUUGCACUAGUGGUACUGGGAGGUCUUGUUUCGACAAAACUGCAGCAUCCAAUGGUGUGGUCGAAAUUACUUGAUACUAUGAACUGGGAUUCGACAGAUGAUGGGAAGCAAUGCUUAGAAAUCCUUGCUUUGAGCUACUACGAUUUGCCUUACAACAUGAAAUUUUGUUUUCUUUACUUGGGAGCUUUCCCACCAGGUUCUGAAAUCAGUGCCUCAAAAUUGACGAAGUUGUGGAUCGGAGAUGAUCUGAUACCCAAAGAAGAAGGUAUAACACUGGAGGGUACUGCAAGCAACUACUUGGAGGAGUUGGCACAAAGGUGCCUGGUUGAAAUAGUGAAGCAAGGACCUGAUAAGAGUAUUAAAAAGGUAAGAGUCCACGACCUCUUGGGUGAGCUAGCAAAGUCAGAAGCAAGAGAGACUCGAUUCCUUUGGGUAGAAACUAUAACUAGAAUUAUAGUGGAAUCAAAGCCCCAAGAGAUAGCUGCUCGUCGUGUGGCACUCCAUCCAAACUCCAAUGCUCAUCGUGUGGCACUCCAUCCAAGCUCCAAUGAAUUAUCACGAAUUUUCGGUGAAAAAUUAAGAGCUCUUUUAGUUUUCAGCAAAGGCAGAACCAUUCAAACCUCUAGCAACAAUAGGAAAAGAUGGAUUCCUCUCCAGUCAACACUUAACUUUUUUCGAAGCAUUAAUAAUCAGACUGAUAUAAGAGCGGAAUUCCUGAGAGUGCUCGAACUUAGUGGAUUUAGAGAAUACAAUACCCAUGUUCUUCCUAUGAAAGAUAUGACUAGAUUAAGAUACGUGGGAUUGAGAGAUUCCAAUUUUCUGAUAUUACCAUUUUCUGAAGGGAUCCCUCCCCAUAUGCAAACUCUGGAUAUAAGAGGUACAUCUAUCAAAGAGUUGCCAUCUAAAAUUUGGAAGCUUUCAGAGCUUCGCCACUUAUACUUGAACUCAAUGAGUUUGCUGGACUCACGAGCCUUGAGAAAGAUGAAAAAAACUCUUUCAGAAGCUACUUCUGCUACAAGUAACAGGAGGUCUCGCGUGCCACUGCAUAAUCUUCAAACCCUUAAAAUCGAUGAUGAUUGCGGAGCUGCUACAGACAGCAAAUUGGUUGAGUGUCUUAAGUUGUUAAGUAGUCUGAACUCUCUAACAUUACGAGCCAAGAAGAUCCCUCGAGAUGUUUUUAAGGCAACAUCAACUCAUGAAAAGUUACAUAAGUUGAAGUUAGUAGGAGAAUUGCAGCCUAAUGAACCCUGCAGUAUCGAAGAGUUCGCACCUAACAUCACUGAGCUCACAUUGUCUCGCUCAAACUUGAAAGGAGAGCUGACACAAAUACUAGGGCAGCUAAAAAACCUCAAGAUUCUCAAAUUGACAGAUGAUGCUUGCCUAUGUGAGAAGAUUUCUUGUUCGCCAGGCAGCUUCCCAAAUUUAUCUUACCUUGAGCUCAGCAACCUAUUUUUUCUAGCACUGCUCGACAUUCAGCCCGGAUCCUUUCCAAAUCUUAUGCACUUGUCUAUCUAUGAUUGCAAGCAUCUGCAAUCGGAUCCGGAUGUUCUGAAUCACAUCACCACCUUAAGAGUUCUAGAAUGUAAAGAGAUGCUCUCUGAUUUCGUGAAGGAGAUUAAUGGCUGGCGCAAGAUGCAUCCUUUUGUGAGAGUCAUCAUCCACCAAGACCGCCAGCCACCGCAAGAUCCUUCUCCAACAGCCUAAACAUAUCGGCCGCUUUGGUUUGGCUCUUGCUCUGGUGGUACUGGGAGGUCUUGUUUCAACAAAACUGCUUUGGUUUGCCUCUUGCUCUGGUGGUACUGGGAGGUCUUGUUUCGACAAAACUGAAGUUUGUGUCAUAGAGUAAGAAGGAAUUACGUACUAUUUUGGCUUGCUGUUCAAUAAAUGUCGAAGCUACUAUUGACAAUUAUUUUGUCUUCGUUUAAGUUGUCUAUCAAGUUUACAAGUUGUUCAAUCUAUGCAGUAUUGUUUGCUUUCUUGACUAUGCAUAUAUAGCAGUUAGUGCUGGUCUUCUCUCUGCGAGAGUGUUUCCGAUUGUAUUGUUGAUUGAUAUUAUAGUUUGUUAAGCUUACAAUUUC